AUGGAAGUCGUUGCCGCAGUGGGGGCCAUCGCCUCAGUUCCCAUCAUCUAUAGAGCGAUUCGGUACAUCACUCAGCUCCUUUCCAGUUCAGAUUAUCUUCGUUUUCAGACCUAGAUUAAAAUCGAGCGUCGAGUGCUGGUUCUGUCACAUGUCGACCAAAGUGAACUACAACGAUCGGAACAGCUUCACGUGUCCGUCGUGCGAACAGUACAAUGGGUUCAAUGAGGACGGCGACUACAACCGACGCAUUCCCGGACAGUCGUACACGGCACCGAAACAGUACUGUGAACGAGUGAGGGAGCAGAAAAGAACGGAAGGAUUUCUGGACAGAUUCAACGGAGUCAAUAUGAGUCCCAGUGAGCUAUCCAAAAUUUAUGAAUAUUAAAAUGAAAAGAGUCACCUUCAGAAGCGGCAAAUGGAUUGUGCUCAGAAUGUAAUCUUGGACAGGAGAUAAUUAUGAAAAAGGUAGCAGAGUUCGAAGCGGUCGACGAGGAGCGAUGGAAUGAGGAACUGGAGGAUUUCCGUUACAAACUCGAGAGAACGCAUCAAUUGUGCCCGAGAUGUACGAUUCAAGUUCACGGAAAGUUGGAGGAAGACAAGGUUUGUUUGAUAUCCAAACCAUCCAACUGAAAAUAUGUUGUUCACAGAGGAAGUACUCGUAUUUGCUGAACAUGAGGCAGCAAUUGAAGCAUGCGCUCGGAUCGACGCUCAAAGAAGUGAUGAGAAGUAGCAAGAAGAAGUCCCGUCGCUUCUUUUUUGCCGGCGGAACCAUUUGUGAAUCCCUUCACAUAGCUUCCUUCGUCUCGUUGAUCUUUCUUUUCCUCGCCACCAUCGACUUCCUGCAGCAGGACGCCGGUUGCCUGUUGAUCAGUUUUCCGAAGAUCCUUCAGGAUCAGCUGCCGGCUAUAUACUCGUCUUCGUUCGCGAUCAAUGUGUUCACAUUCUUCGCCCAUCUGAUUGCAGUUUACAAUAACAUGUAAAUACUCCAAAAGCAAAUGAAACGAGAACGAACUCUGAAAACUGCAGGUGCCGAGUUACUCUCACGGAUCUUCUCCUCCCGAUCGCUCUAACCUUCUCUUUGCUCACUUCCCUAAUUCCGAUGGAUGUGAGUUCAGAAAUAUUAUAUGUUUUUCAUUUUUCUAGUUCAGAAUCUGACUCAAGAUAUGGCUGUUAUCAAGUGUGGAUGCGCCUCCUUCGCGACUAUUCUGUCUUUUACAGUUACUAUGGUUCCAAGAAAGAAAUUGCACAAAAAGAGACCAAACAAAAUCCUUUCUAGGUGAUACUUCUGUUAACAAUUCGUCUAGUUUUUCCGUUUCAGUGCCUUCUCGGUCGCUUCCACUCCAAUCUCUCAGUGCUCAUCGCAAAACAGUCGGAACGUUUCUCUUCUCGAUGACAUCGCAGUCCUGAACCGGUCCCGUCAGUCUCCUCAGCACCGUACUCCUUCUGCUACUCCACCAUUCUCUCGCUCUUCUCCAAACUUGCUCCGUGACGUAACCAACACCACUUCAUGGUCAAAUCGUGCUUUUUUGGAAGACAAAGAGAACAGUUACAUGGAAGCGAUGGAAUGGGAAGACAGCGAAUCGGUUGCUCAGUCCACGCGCACCUUUCAGAGCCAUUUCCGGCCAGGACUGCUCUCCAGGAGUCGAGGAGCUCAAACACCUCAACAACUCGCUCCUUCUGUGGCAAGCAUGUCAAUUGUUGGAAGUGCAAGACCUUUCGGCAGUCCAACUACACCGAGUAUCUUCUCGAGACAACGCCGACAAAUGAUGCACGAACAGGCACAGCCCUCUCCAGCCAGGUCACGCUUCGGACCGCCCAGAUCAAUGGUCGCGCCGACUUUAGAAAGAAACCACUACAUGCCGGAAACAAAGUGAGUGUCCUUCGUCUGUUGAAUAACAACCAUUCUCUCGCUGUUUCCAGCACUCGAUCCGGUUCGGUGUUCACCUCGGUAUCGCAACAAGACGGACACUCGACGGCCAGCGGCGCGUGGCAGUGUCGCGUCCUCGGCGUUCUCUUCGCCCUCAUUUUUAUCGUACUCAUCAUGCAGAUCGCACUCUUCUACUAUCUGUUCACCCGCAACCACUAA